CGUGGUACUUCAUUGUAAGCAGUAGUAGUUUGUUAUAUGCAAUAGUUUGUUUCUGUGUACUGUGAAAAAAAACAGUUUAAAAUAAUUUAAAGAUUAUUAUUUAAAUAAAGACUUUAUUUUUUUAGUAUUAUUUUAUAAGAAGCGAAUAAAAUAUGACGGAGGAUAAGACAGAAUUCGAUUGGGGCAAUGAAAAGUUACAACGUGCUCAAAAAACAGUGGAUGAAUCGCCCUAUGAUUUAGAAGCUUGGAGCGUCUUAAUCAGAGAAGCUCAAAAUAGGCCUAUUACUGAAGUUCGACCAGUCUUUGAAAAGCUCAUCACUGUAUUUCCGUCUGCAGGCCGGUAUUGGAAAAUUUAUAUAGAACAAGAGAUGAAAAUGCGGAACUUUGAAAAGGUUGAAAAGCUUUUCCAAAGGUGCCUCAUGAAAAUCUUAAACAUUGAAUUAUGGAAACUUUACCUUUCUUAUGUCAAAGAAACAAAAGCAAGUCUUGCAACGUACAAGGAGAAAAUGGCACAAGCUUAUGACUUCGCUCUGGAUAAAAUUGGAAUGGAUAUUCACUCUUAUAGUAUUUGGAACGACUAUGUUACAUUUUUGAAAAGUGUAGAAGCUGUAGGUUCAUAUGCUGAGAACCAAAAGAUUAGCGCUGUCCGUAAGGUAUACCAACGCGGCGUUAUUAAUCCCAUGAUAAACAUGGAACAAUUAUGGAAAGAUUACAUAGUAUUCGAACAAAGUAUUAAUCCAAUAAUCGCAGAAAAAAUGGGAUUAGAGAGAUCGAGAGAUUAUAUGAAUGCUAGGCGAGUUGCUAAAGAAUUAGAAGCGGUAACAAGGGGUUUGAACAGAAGUGCUCCUAGUGUACCACCAACUGGUCAUCCAGAAGAAGUGAAACAAGUUGAAUUAUGGAAAAAGUAUAUUGCAUGGGAACGUAGUAAUCCAUUGAGAACAGAAGAUACAUCACUCGUUGCACGUAGAGUAAUGUUUGCGAUAGAGCAAUGUUUACUUUGCCUCGGUCAUCAUCCUGCAGUAUGGCAUCAAGCUGCCCAUUUUCUAGAACUUAGUUCAAAGAUUUUAACCGAAAAGGGAGAUGUUAAUGCUGCUAAAAAUUUAAGCGAUGAAGCAGCAACAAUGUUUGAAAGAGCUACAAACACAUUGUUGUCCAAAAAUAUGUUGUUAUACUUUGCUCAUGCAGAUUUUGAAGAAGGCAGAGUUAAAUAUGAGAAAGUUCAUCAAAUUUAUCAAAAGUUCCUCGACAUUCCUGACAUUGAUCCUACGUUGGCGUACGUGCAAUACAUGAAAUUUGCGAGACGAGCAGAAGGAAUUAAAUCAGCUAGGACUGUUUUUAAAAGAGCUCGCGAAGAUCCACGGUGCAAACAUCACGUAUACGUAGCUGCUGCAUUGAUGGAAUACUACUGUACCAAAGAUAAAAAUAUUGCAUUUAGAAUUUUCGAGCUUGGAUUGAAAAAAUUCGGUGACAAUCCUGAUUAUAUUCUAUGUUACAUUGAUUACUUAUCACAUUUGAAUGAGGACAAUAAUACAAGGGUUUUAUUCGAGAGAGUAUUAUCUUCUGGAAGUUUAGAACCAGAAAAAUCUGUUGAUAUUUGGAAUCGUUUUUUGGAGUUUGAAUCUAAUAUAGGAGAUUUGGCCAGUAUCGUUAAAGUUGAAAAAAGACGUAGUGCCGUAUUAGAGAAGAUUAAAGAAUUUGAAGGAAAGGAAACGGCUCAAUUGGUAGAUCGAUAUAAAUUUCUUGAUCUGUAUCCCUGUACGCCAAUGGAAUUAAGGUCGAUCGGAUAUAUGGAAGUAUCUAGCGUAGCUAGAAAUUCAACUGGUGCAGUGCCACGAGUACCUGACCCAGAAGAAGCCAUAGCAUCUUUGCCUAGACCCGAUUUAUCACAAAUGAUUCCUUAUAAACCAAAAGUAAAUGCUUUGCCUGGAGAACAUCCAGUACCAGGUGGAACUUUUCCUUUACCACCUGCCGCAGCACAAUUAUGCACGAUAUUACCACCACCUGGUUGCUUCAGAGGGCCCUUUGUUGCAGUCGAUUUACUUAUGGAUGUAUUUAGUAGAAUUCAAUUGCCUGAUCACGCACCAUUACCAGUCGCGGAUAAUGGCUGUGACACCAAAUUAUUCGAUCUAGCCAAAUCCGUUCAUUGGAUCGUCGAUGAGAGCAACGAUGGUAUGAGUAUUGGUUCCAAACGUAAAAGAACGCGUUUAGCUGGAGACGAUAGUGAAGAAGAAGAUUUACCACCACCUCCAGCGAAUGAUAUUUACCGACAAAGGCAACAGAAACGAGUAAAAUAAAGACUUACUACGUUGUUUCUAAUUAUAACAAACGGAUCUACGCGAAGCUCGUAACGACAAAUUUUGGAGAAGAGGGAUCAAAUAUCCUCGAGAUAUUUUUCAUAUUUCCUUUUGUUUAUUAGAUAACAUCUUGGCAUAGGUGUUGAUAUGCUAAAAAAAAAUCAAUCAUAAUUAAUAAGUAUAAAUCGUAAUAAUUCCUUGCGUGCUACUGUUAGCACGAUAUUUUGAUUAUAUUUGAGUACCAUGUACUCUUAAAAAUUUCAAUAUUUUUAUAUACAGGAUGGUCCACUAACUGUUAGCACUAUAAAUUACUAGACCAUCCUGUAUAUAUAUACAUAUAUUAUAUAUAUAAAUAUCAAUUAAACUUUUAUUCAAAUAUCUUUAGAUAACGUUUAUAUUUGAAACAUCUAAAGAGAGACAAUAUUUUAAUUUGAAUAAAAUUAGAAAGAGAAUCGAAUGUCAGUACCAGUACCUAGUAUCAUUUGUAUCUUCUAUUUGUCCGAUAUAUUUCAUUGUAUCCGAAUAACAAUGUGUGUUGACAUUAAUUUUUUAUGUUAAAGCAGACAAACAAAUAAAAUAUAAACAUUUGUACUAUAUGUAAGAGAGAUAUUAUAAAAUUAUUUACAAGUAAGAGAUA